AUGGCUGCUCCCUUUGGCUCUCCCGUCCCCUACGCUGAGCCGCAGUGGUAUUCCCGCGACUGCUCGCCUUACCACGAUGAGUCUCACAGGAAGCUGCGCGCGUUUGUCCGAGACUAUGUCGAGAUGGAGCUGAUGCCCUAUGCCCACGAGUGGGAAGAGCAGGGCUUCGUUCCAGAUGAAACCGUCAGGAGGUUUGCGAAGAAUGGCUUCUGCAUCAUAGACAGAUCCAAGCCCGAGUACAUGGGUGGCAUCAGCCUGCCAGCCGGCAUUGCACCGGGAGAAUGGGACAUCUUCCACACCCUCAUCGUGGCGGAUGAGCUGAACAGCAUCGGCUGCCCCCCUAUCAUGAACUUUGGAACCGAGCAGCAGAAGCUGGAGUAUCUUCCUAGAGUUGCUCGUGGGGAGAUACGAUUCUGUCUAGGAGUCACCGAGCCAGACGCCGGUUCUGAUGUCUCUGGGAUCAAGACCGUGGCAAAGAAGGUCGGCAGCCACUACAUUGUCAACGGAGCAAAGAAAUGGAUCACCAACGGGAUCUGGGCGGACUACUGCACUGCAGCCGUCAGGACCGGCGGGCCAGGCCAUGGCGGUAUAUCCUUUCUCAUCAUCCCCUUGACCGCAGAGGGGGUCACCAGACGGCGGAUGUUCAACUCCGGCGUCCACGCAAGUGGCUCUACUUUCCUGGAAUUCGACGACGUAGAAGUACCCGUCGAGAAUCUAAUCGGCAAGGAAAACGAAGGAUUCAAAUAUAUCAUGUCAAACUUCAACCCAGAGCGGCUCAGCCUGGCCAGUGCCUGCAUCAGGCUCUCUCGCGUAUGCGUAGAAGAUGCCUUCAGAUACUCUACGGUCCGAGAGACGUUCGGCAAACCCCUACUGGCUAACCAGGUCAUCAGGGCAAAAAUCAGCAAGAUGGGCCAGCUCAUCGAGCCCUGCCAGGCAUUCAUGGACCAGCUAGCAUAUACCAUCAAGACCUCUGAGCAGACUGGGCGGAAAAUCGAUAUUGGAGGAAUGACUGCCCUGCUCAAGGUGAUGAGCACACGCUGCUUGGAGAAGGUGUGUAGGGAAGCCCAGCAGAUCAUGGGCGGAGCAGGGUAUAACAAGGCUGGCAAGGGAUCAAGAAUCGAAGCCAUCAGUCGUGAUGUUCGGGUAUAUGUCGUUGGUGGAGGAAGUGAGGAGAUACUGCGGGAUCUUUCUGUGCGCGAGGAGCUGAAACACAUGCGUAAGGUCAUGGAGGCGCAGAAGAGAGCUAAGUUGUGA